CAUCCUAACUCUGGGAUUCAAAUAGAGUUAAUUUAUCCACUUGAGUGGAUAUCAAAAUUCAAAAAUGUGCUGUUAAUGGGCAAGAAUGGGUCCGGCAAGACCAGCAUGCGCUCCAUCAUAUUUGCCAACUAUAUUGCUCGGGACACUCGAAGACUGGGAGCCACAAUUGAUGUGGAGCACUCUCAUGUUCGCUUCCUGGGGAACCUUGUACUCAAUCUCUGGGAUUGUGGAGGGCAAGAUGCAUUCAUGGAGAACUACUUUGCUUCACAGAGGGACAACAUUUUCCGCAAUGUUGAAGUCCUGAUCUACGUCUUUGAUGUUGAGAGCGAUGAGCUUGAGAAAGACAUGCACUACUACCAGAGUUGCCUGGAGGCCAUUCUUCAGAACUCUCCUGAAGCUCGCAUCUUCUGCCUUAUACAUAAGAUGGACCUGGUCCCUGAGAACCAGCGUGAAAUGUUCCACGACAGAGAAGAGGAUCUCAAGAGACUGUCCAAGCCUCUGAACUGCAUAUGUUUUCGCACCUCCAUAUGGGAUGAAACUCUGUAUAAGGCGUGGUCCAGCAUCGUGUACGAACUCAUCCCCAACGUGCGGGAGUUGGAGGCGAACCUUAAGACCUUCGCGGACAUCAUCGACGCUGACGAAGUGCUGCUCUUCGAACGCGCCACCUUCCUCAUAAUCUCUCACUACCACCUCAGACCUCACAAGGACCUCAACAGAUUUGAGCGCGUCUCUAAUAUCAUCAAACAGUUCAAGCUCUCGUGCAGCAAACUAGCGGCGCAGUUCAAGAGCAUGGAGAUCAAGAACAGCAACUUCGUCGCCUACAUCGAGGUCUUCACUGCCAACACCUACGUCAUGGUGGUCAUGUCUGACACGUCUAUACCCUCGGCGGCGACGCUGCUCAACAUCCGCAACGCCCGCAAGCACUUCGAGCUCCUCGAGCGCGACGCCGGCACCGCCGCCUUCGGGGGCGCCGAGCCCCUGGGGUUCCCUUGAACCCCUUGGCUUUCCUUGAGCCCCUGGGGUUCCCAUGAACCCCUUGGCUUUCCUAGAGCCCCUGGGGUUCCCUUGAACCCCUUGGGUUCCCUUGAGCCCCUGGGGUUCCCUUGAACCCCUUGGGUUCCCUUGAGCCCCUUGGCUUUCCUUGAGCCCCUGGGGUUCCCUUGAGCCCCUGGGGUUCCCUUGAGCCCCUGGGAUUCCAUUGAACCCCUCGGCUUUCCUUGAACCCCUUGGCUUUCCUUGAACCCCUUGGCUUCCCUUGAACCCCUUGGGUUCCCUUGAGCCCCUUGGCUUUCCUUGAGCCCCUGGGGUUCCCUUGAGUCCCUGGGAUUCCAUUGAACCCCUCGGCUUUCCUUGAACCCCUUGGCUUUCCUUGAACCCCUUGGCUUUCCUUGAACCCCUGGGAUUCCCUUGAACCCCUUGGCUUUCCUUGAACCCCUUGGCUUUCCUUGAGCCCCUGGGAUUCCCUUGAACCCCUUGGUUUUCCUUGAACCCCUU